AUGUCAAGAUAUCCUUCAGAUUGCAAAGUCUAUGUAGGAGACUUAGGAAGUGGUGCAACAAAACAAGAAUUAGAAGAUGCUUUCUCUUAUUAUGGGUCACUAAGGAAUGUAUGGGUGGCUAGAAAUCCACCUGGAUUUGCUUUUGUGGAAUUUGAAGAUGCCAGAGAUGCAGAAGAUGCAAUAAGAGGGCUUGAUGGAAGAACUAUAUGUGGAAGACGAGCUCGUGUGGAACCAUCCAAUGGAAGAAGAUUAAGAGAUAGGAAUUAUUUCAGAAGAGGUGUAGGAAGACUAUUUCAUCCCGAAGAUAGGUGUUAUGAAUGUGGCGAAAGAGGUCACUAUGCUAGAAAUUGCCAACGACACAGAAAUACUCGUAAGAAAAGAUCCCACUCCAGGUCUUAUUCACGGUCAAAAUCGCAAUCAAGAUCACGGUCUCGCUCACGUUCAAGAUCAAGAUCAAGAAGCAAGCAUUCACGAUCUUCGUCCCGUAGCCGCUCUAACAGUAGAAGUGACUACACUAAAGAAAAACUUCGUAAUAAACGGCGAUCUGAUUCUAGAGAUCAUAGUCCGCGCAGGAGCAAAUCUAAAUCUGUGUCUAGAUCUCGCAGCAAAUAAAUGUAGACGCAGCUUAAGAACCGACACCUAUGCCUUACGAUGGGGCAACGAACAGAAGGG